GCCCUCUCUUCCUCUCUGAACACUGCAGGGUCCUCUGUAUCUCUGAGUAUGCACCAAGAUGCCUUCCUCUUCCUUCUGCCUCCCUCAUGUCCUCAUCACCUUCCAUCCCUGCUUCUGCCAAUUCAUUCUUUUUAGUUUUUCCUUUCUCAGUUCCCUCCACCCUUGCCCCUGAUUGGGGCAGCUCUGUUUCUUUGCACACUUUCUCCUAUCCAUCCAUGCCUGUCCUAUUCCAGGCCUGCCCUUCUACCCAGCCUGCCCAACACUUUAAUGGUGCAGGGCUUAGAAUGGCCUUCAUUUCUCAGGGAGACACAGCAAGGUAACAGCUCAGACUCUCCUCAGAAGGCCCUGGGGGAGGUCAGAGCAGUAGCUCUUCCCAGUGGAGGUUUCUGUAGCUGUUACCAUUGUUUAAAUGUAAGUACUUCCCGUACAGACAACCAACAGGCAGUCUAGAGAUGCUUGACCUGAUGCAGAAAGGUUUUAGAGCCCUGUGGGGCAUAGUCCCAUCUCCUGUCUUACCAGAGAGUGCCCAGGGCAGUUAGACCCUGGAGACAGUUGAGAUAAUGUCUGUUAAGAUAGAUUCUUGGGAGAAAGAAAAUUCUAGGGGGAAGGGGAGGAGGGAAAUGAAAUCACUACAGAACGAAAAGACCACUUGGCCCAGACUCCAUCUCACCACCAUCCCCAGCCCUCCCCUCUCCUAAUUACCACUGGCCUCCAGGAAGCUUUCAAAACUGCCACAUUACCUGGCAACUGCCCAGUGUCUGAGAGGAACACAGUAGGUGUGGGAAGGAUGACCCAGACUCUGCCCAGGAUGCAAAAAAGAAGAAAACUCUGGUUUAAGCUCUCUGCUGAAAUAAAAAGUAACGUUGACUCCGCUGACUCCGAGCCAUUCUCCUCGGCAGGAUGAGAGUGACAGGUCUGAUUCGCGUUGUGGCCUUCGUCUUCACCAUGGUUGCCAUGUGGGUCUUUCUCCGCAGCUACGUCAGCUUCAAUAGGAAAACCAUCCGUCUGCCACGCUGGCUGGCAGGCAAGCCCCCCAAGGAGAUCCGGAUCCCAAACAACAAGUGUGGGCUCAGCAAGCCCUGCCAAGACAACUUCUUCGCAUUUAAACUCAGCAGUGGGGCUGCCAACGUCGUGGGCCCCUCCAUGUGCUUUGAAAAUGAAAUUAUCAUGAGUCCGGUGAGAAACAACGUGGGCAGAGGCCUGAACAUUGCACUGGUGAACGGAUCCACAGGACAGGUGACGAAAAAGGGCAGCUUUGACAUGUACUCUGGAGAACCCAAACUCCUGAUACAGUUCCUUGAAGAAAUUCCAGAUAGCACGCUGGUGCUGGUGGCCUCCUAUGAUGACCCAGGCACCAAAAUGAAUGACAAAAUCAGGACGCUCUUCUCUAACCUGGGGAGUUCCUACGCAAAUCAGCUGGGCUUCCGGGACAGCUGGGUCUUCUUAGGUGCCAAAGACCUCAAGAAUAAAAGCCCAUAUGAGCAGUUCUUGAAAAACAACCCAGAAACAAACAAAUAUGAAGGAUGGCCGGAGUUACUAGAGCUGGAGGGCUGUGUGCCGCGGAAGGUAUUUUAGAGUGGCCAUGGCCGGAAAGACACACCCAACGGACUUGAGAACAGUGCUCGGGUUUGCUGGAUCUCUGCUGAUGGGAGCUGACUAGGAGGAAGAAAGGGAGAAGCCAUAUAAGAUGCGCUGACCAUCCCACAUACAAUGUGACUCACUUCUCUGAGGAAACAACAGCUUCCCACGCCCCACAAUGACCAGCCUGGGGAUGGGCGGCCGCACAGGGCCUUCAGAACCAGCUGUGAUGGACACAAGUGAGACCUUCCAAGGCUAUCCAUGGUUGUCUCCAGAAGGACUGACUGCCUACACUUGAGCAGGAUUAAAUUCUAUUUUUGCUGAUUUUGAA